AUGGAAGAUCACACUACGGACGCCCUCGUCAAUCGUGACGAGCCUGUCCCGGUCAUCGCCGCUGGGAAGCACAAUGACGAUGCCGAGCGAUCAAAACCUGGAGUACUGAAGCGAUCAGUGUCCAAGGCCGGUCGCUCUCUACAGGAUAGGAUCUUCUCCAAGAUCUUGGAGCAAGUUAUGCCCGUCGAAGAUGUCGAUGCUGAAUCAGUGUCAGUCGGAGACAAGCCAAUUGCCAUCGAUAGUAAACGGCCGGCGUUUAGUCUACCUCUGAUGGCCAACAAUUUCCGCCGAUUCAAUGCAAGGAUUGGCAUCGUUUUCCUGUUUCAAACCCGUGUGGAGCGCCUGCUCAGCUGGAAACAGACCUCCCACACAGUCUCCUUUCUCUUCAUCUAUUCCUUCAUAUGCCUAGAUCCCCAUCUUCUCGUCAUUAUUCCAUUCGCCGUACUCUUGUUCUUUGUCAUGGUGCCUGCAUUCCUCGCACGCCACCCUCCACCUCCCUCGACAUCCACUUCCAGCAUCACCCCUUACUACUCAUAUGAAGGCCCAGCCCUUGCUCCUGCCAAAACCAUCAAGCCAGCGUCGGAGACGUCUAAGGAUUUCUUUCGGAAUAUGAGAGAUUUGCAAAACUGCAUGGCAGACUACUCCGAUGUACAUGAUGCGACAGUUUCCGCGUUCGCGCCGUUGACAAACUUUUCCAAUGAGAAACUUUCAUCGACAGUAUUUCUUACAUGCAUGCUAAUGGCAGCUCUAUUAUUUUUAACCGCCCACCUACUCCCGUGGCGACUGAUUCUCCUUGUUGGUGGCAAUGCAGCCAUUCUGUCAAUGCACCCAAGCUUUCCAGACCUGGUACAGAGUCUUGCAGGGGAUAUGUUAGAUCAGACAGCAGAAGAGGGUCCGGCAACGGAUAGAAAAGGCCAUGAAUCAUUCAACGUCAGCGGUGUGGCUAUGCCUGCUUCGCCCUCAAAAGCCGUGUCAUUGAUGGAAUCACUGGCCAAUAUCUCCUUGGACUCCUCCCCAGAGGAGCGGGAGGUUGAGGUAUUCGAGAUCCAAUAUCGCUCCCUUGCUCCUUAUUCGGAAUCGCAAUGGGAGCAUUUUCUCUUCAGUCCUAUGCCUUACGAUCCGCUCUCUCCCUCACGCAUUGCCGGUGAUCGUCCUAAGGGCUGUCGAUUCUUCGAGGAUGUCCAGCCACCCACUGGAUGGGCGUGGAAAGGUAAGAAGUGGGAGUUAGAUUUGGACUGUCGCGAGUGGGUUGUGGAGCGCAUGAUCACAGGAGUUGGCUUCGAGGUCUCCGGUAGUCCAUCGGAAAGUGGCAUGACCAGUGGCGAGAUUGGUGGUUGGGUCUGGGACCUGCCUCCGGCCUCCAACAGAUAUGAAGAGGCAGUGUCUACGCUAGCAUAUGAUGUCCUCGAGUCGUUAAACCCAUCGAAAGGACAUGAUUCUAAGGGCAGAAAGAAAGGGAAAGAAAGGAUCUCCCAAGAUUAUGAGGAGAAGGUGCACACCGGAUCCCAUGUAACGGGGGAAUGGAGAAGGAGACGUUGGAUUCGCAUCGUGCACCGUGUCAGUUUACCAGCUGCCGAUAAGUAUGAUCAAGCAGCUGAAGACGAUACCCGCGAUACAUGA